CUUUUACAAGAGCUAAAAUGUCUCUUGCCGCGGCCAGACCGUUGAUUACGGUUUACAAUGAGAAUAACGAGUCUGCUGGAACUACAGUAUGUCUCCCAGUUGUCUUCAAGGCUCCCGUCCGUCCCGACAUCGUGAGUACCAUCCACCAUGAGAUGGCGAAGAACAAGCGUCAGCCCUACUGCGUAAACGUUGACGCCGGUCACCAGACCAGUGCUGAGUCAUGGGGAACUGGACGUGCUGUUGCUCGUAUUCCCCGUGUCCGUGGUGGUGGAACCCACAGAUCUGGUCAAGCUGCCUUCGGCAACAUGUGCAGAGGAGGACGUAUGUUUGCUCCCACCAAGACCUGGAGGAGAUGGCACAGGAAGAUCAACGUGGCACAGAAGAGGUACGCUAUGUGCUCUGCUAUCGCCGCAACUGGAGUCCCCGCUCUUGUUAUGGCCAAAGGACACCAGAUCGGUAGAAUUAACGAGGUUCCCUUUGUCGUCAGCGACAAGGUUCAGACCUUCCAGAAGACUAAGGAAGCCGUCGUCUUCCUCAGGAGGUCCAAGGUUUGGGGUGAUAUUGCCAAGGUGUACGCUACCCGUAGGAUGAGGGCUGGUAAGGGUAAGCUGAGGAACAGGAGACACGUUCAGAAGCUUGGACCCCUUGUUGUAUACGCUGAUGAUCAGGGUCUCACCAAGGCUUUCCGUAACAUCCCCGGAGUCGACACCAUCUCUGUUGACGCAUUGAACCUUCUCAAGCUCGCCCCUGGAGGUCAUGUCGGAAGGUUCUGCAUCUGGACCGAGUCUGCCUUCAAGAAGCUUGAUUCCCUUUAUGGAACAUGGCGCAAGGCAUCCGAGUCCAAGAAGAACUGGAACCUUCCCAUGCCCAAGAUGGCUAACACCGACCUGAGCAAGCUGUUGAAGUCUGAGGAGAUCCGUAAGGUUCUCCGUGCACCCAACCGCACCAUUGUCAAGUCCGCUAAGACAAAGACCAACCCUCUAAAGAACAUCAGGGCUAUGCUUAAACUUAACCCCUACGUUGCCGUGACCAAGAAGAACGCUGAGCUUCUUCAAGCCAAGAACCUGAGGGCAAAGGCCGCCGUCAUUGCCAAGAAGAGCGGGAAGCCUGUUGCUGCUGAUCCCAUGGCCAAGAGGAAUGCCAAGGUCAAGAAGCCCAAAAAGGCCAGCAAGUCCAAGAAGUAAAAAUCUUGUCUUGUAAAUCUGCAAGAUGGGCGUCUGAAAAUCCGUUAUUUUUCAGA